AUGAGCUCAGGAGCUACACAGCCAGGCCCCAUGCAAAGAAAGAUCUAUGAUUGCAACAGAACCGACAAUCUCCCUGGGGUUCUUGUUAGAUCAGAAGGAGAUGACCGCACUGAGGACCGCCAAGUCACCAAUGUCUACGACGGAUUCAAAAUUACGCAUGACUUUUUUUCGGAGAUCUUCAAGCGCAACUCCCUUGACGGUGAAGGGUUGCAUCUUAUUGGCAGCGUCCAUUACAGACCGAGAAGCACGCCAAAAGGAUACAACAAUGCCUUCUGGGAUGGUGAAGCGCAGCAAAUGGUUUUCGGCGAUGGCGACCACAUCACCUUUGACUUCCUCACCGACUCGCUGGAUGUCAUCGCCCACGAACUGAGCCAUGGCUUCGUCCAGUUCUCCUCACCGCUUGUGUAUAAAGGGCAGUCAGGGGCCUUGAAUGAAUCUUGUGCCGAUGUGUUUGGUUCCAUGGUCGAGCAAUGCCAUAUGAAGCAGAGUGUGGACGAUGCAGAUUGGAUUCUCGGUCAGACACUCUUCCCUGUCGCGUUUACAGGUUCUGCGCUACGAACUUUUAAGGCUGGGAAAGCAUAUACAGAUGACCCUAUCUUCGGAACUGACCCGCAGCCAAAGCACCUGGACAAUCUCUACACAGGACCUGAUGAUAAUGGAGGCGUUCACAUCAACUCUGGGAUCCCGAAUCAUGCCUUCUAUCUGGCAGCGAAAUCUCUUGGUGGGUUUUCGUGGAAAAAGGCUGGCAAGGUGUGGUACGAGACCAUGAUUUCAGGUAAAAUUGAACCCAACUGCGAUUUCAAGACUUUCGCGAGAGCCACAGUGGAUGUCGCCGGAGAGAAAUUCGACGAUGAGUCGGUACAGAAGGCUGUUAAUGAUGCGUGGGUCAAGGUCGGAGUGCUCCCUUAA